CGAGCUAAAAUCCCCCGAGCCGACCUCUCUCGCCUUCGCUCACCCGACACUACCUACCCUCGCCGCCAUCUCCACCUCUCGCUCUCUCUCUCCGCGGAGCGGCGCCGCUAGGGUUUGCUCCACCCGCGAACCCUAAACCCUACUGCUCAUCUGCUCCCCUCCCGCCACAGCGCAGGCUCCUGCAAAGGCGAAUUCAGCCGGCGCCGCCUCGAUCGGGAGCUAGGGUUUCGUCCUCCUCUGAGCUCCGCUCGGGUGGUUGUCGGCGCGGCGGGCGGUAUGGCGGGGUACGGGGAGGAGGACAAGGACGCGAUGAACGGGUACGAGGAGGUUGAGGAGGAAGAGGAGGAGGAAGAGGUCGAGGAGGUCGAGGAGGAGGUGGACGAGGAGGAGGAAGUCGAGGAGGAAGAGGAGGGGCACGGGGGGCCCGGGCUGGCGGAGGCGGUGGCCGAGGGAACGAGAGGCGGGAACCGAGGUGGAGGGGAGGGCGUUGGCAAUGAUGACGCCGGUGGCGAGGAGGGCAGGACCGCGGAUGCGGGAGUCGGUGACGCGUCGGGGAAGAUAUUCGUAGGGGGUGUAGCCUGGGAGACCACUGAAGAAACGUUCACUAAGCAUUUUGGGAAGUAUGGAGCUAUAACUGAUUCUGUGAUCAUGAAGGACAAGCAUACUAGGAUGCCACGUGGAUUUGGAUUUGUUACAUUUUCCGAUCCAUCUGUGAUAGACAGGGUUCUAGAGGAUGAACAUGUUAUAGAUGGAAGAUCGGUUGAAGUCAAAAGGACUGUUCCGAAAGAGGAAAUGUCAUCGAAAGAUGGUCCUAAGACAAGAAAGAUCUUUGUGGGUGGUAUCCCGUCAUCUCUUACUGAAGAUAAUUUAAAGGAGCACUUCUCCUCGUACGGGAAGGUGGUUGAGCAUCAGAUUAUGCUUGACCAUAGCACUGGGCGUUCACGAGGCUUUGGCUUUGUUACAUUCGAAAGUGAGGAUGCUGUCGAAAGGGUUAUGUCAGAGGGGAGAAUGCAUGAUCUUGGAGGGAAACAGGUUGAAAUAAAGAAAGCUGAACCAAAGAAACCUGGCGGUGGUGAUUCAAGCUCAAACGGGAGAUAUAGUCAUGGGAGUGGUGGUUACCGUGGUUCUUACCGUGGUAGUAGCGGCGGCGGCAGUGGCGGCGGGGCCGGCUCUGGGAGCAGCAGCAGUGGUGGUGGAUAUGGAUAUGGAGGUGGCUAUCGAUCAGCUGGUGCAGCCUAUUAUGAUAGUACAGCGUAUGGUGCCUAUGGCAGAGGGUAUGGUUAUGGGGGUAAUGCUGGUGCUUAUGGGGGGAAUGCUGGCUUUGGAUCAGGUUUUGGUUCUGCUUAUGGUGGUUCCAUGUAUGGAAGUCCGUAUGGUGCCUAUGGGGCAUAUGGCGGUGCCUAUGGAGGUGGUGCAUAUGGUGCGCCAGGAGGCUAUGGUGGAGGAGGAUAUGGUGGUUACGGUGGAGCUGGAGGUAUGGGUGGUGGCAGCAGCGCAGGUGGCCGGGGCUCGAGCAGAUACCACCCAUAUGGAAAAUGACCAUUGGAUCAUAGAGGCCUUCUAGGAUCUGAUAAUAAAUCUAUACCCUCCCUGAUUUGUCCCACUGAGAAGAUGUAACAUGGCAUCCACCUUGUCGAAUCAGUGGCAUCAGAACAUUUUUUCUGAUACUUUGCGAUGUAUUGUAUCCGGCAUGAAAUAUUGUAGAUUACAGUCGCUGAACCCUGAACCAUUUCGAGCUUUCUUUAUAAGCUACAGCUAAAACUCCUGUUGUAUUCUCUUUAGUUUACUACCCAACCUUAGAACCCUUGAAUCGAACAUUGUGGUAGUAGUAAUAAUAUGGUGUGAUGGAACAAAUGUAUUUGAUGUAACAUUUUGUCACCAGUCAGCUGAGAAAAGAUUUGACUAGCUUCUAAUUGGAUAA